GCAGCGAGGAGGUCGCGGGGUUAAGGGGAUUAGAAAAGACUUCGGCCUCUGCUCUAUGAUCGCGGCCUGGAGGCAUUCUCUGCAGAGGGUCCAAAAUUACUUCCGGAAGAGAGGCCUCUACCUCCUCUGUUUCCGCAGGGGUCGGGGCUGAGGGUGACGGCCAGGUUGGCCCUGGGACGAACGGAAUGAUUAAUGAUGCUUUGCAGUACUUUUCUAAGUCUACAAUUUUCUGUGUCUGUGGAUCCCAGAAUUUGCUAAGAGAUGGAGGAGCCUCAAAAGAAUGAUCUGAAAACAAUGGGCCUUGAGAAAGAGGAUGCUCUCAAAAGCACCAGCCCUCAGAUUUCUGUCAGUGAAUUUUCUUGCCACUGCUGCUAUGACAUCCUGGUUAACCCUACCACCUUGAAUUGUGGCCACAGCUUCUGCCGGCACUGCCUAGCUUUAUGGUGGGUGUCUUCAAAGAAAACAGAGUGUCCAGAAUGCAGAGAAAAGUGGGAAGGUUUCCCCAAGGUCAAUAUUCUCCUCAGGGAUGCCAUUGAAAAGUUAUUUCCUGAUGCCAUUAGAAUGAGAUUUGAAGAUAUUGAGCAGAAUAAUGACAUAGUCCAAAGUCUUUCAGCCUUUCAAAAAUAUGGGAACGAUCAGAUUCCUUUAGCUCCCAACACAGGCCGAGUGAAUCAGCAGAGAGGAGGGGGGUUCUUUUCUGGAGUGCUCACAGCUUUAACUGGUGUGGCAGUGGUCCUGCUUGUGUAUCAUUGGAGCAGCAGAGAAUCUGAGCAUGACCUCCUGGUCCACAAGGCUGUGGGCAAAUGGACAGCAGAAGAAGUUGUCCUCUGGCUGGAGCAGCUGGGUCCUUGGGCUUCUCUCUACAGGGACAGAUUUUUAUCUGAAAGAGUAAAUGGAAGAUUGCUUUUAACAUUGACAGAGGAAGAAUUUUCAAGGGCACCAUAUACUAUAGAAAACAGCAGCCACAGAAAAGCUAUCCUCAUGGAACUAGAACGUGUUAAAGCACUAGGUGUGAAGCCCCCACAGAAUCUCUGGGAAUAUAAGGCCGUGAACCCAGGGAGAUCCCUGUUCUUGCUGUACGCCCUCAAGAGCUCCCCCCGGCUUGGUUUGCUGUAUCUGUACCUGUUUGACUACACAGAUACCUUCUUGCCCUUCAUCCACACCAUCUGUCCUCUGCAGGAAAAUGGUUCUGGGGAAGACAUCAUCGCCAAGCUUCUGGAUCUUAGGGAACCCACAUGGAAGCAGUGGAGAGAAUUCCUUGUCAAAUAUUCCUUCCUUCCAUACCAGCUGAUUGCUGAAUUUGCUUGGGACUGGCUAGAGGUCCAUUACUGGACGUCACGGUUUCUCAUCGUCAAUGCCAUGUUACUUUCAGUUCUAGAAUUAUUCUCCUUUUGGAGAAUCUGGUCAAGAAGUGAACUGAAGACUGUGCCUCAGAGAAUGUGGAGCCAUUUUUGGAAAGUAUCAACACAAGGGCUUUUUGUGGCCAUGUUCUGGCCCCUCAUUCCUCAGUUUGUCUGCAACUGUUUAUUUUACUGGGCCCUGUACUUCAACCCAAUUAUUAACAUUGAUCUUGUGGUAAAGGAGGUUCGCCGGCUGGAAACUCAGGUGUUGUGACUGGCACUGCCCAGGCUCUGAGAGACUCUUCUAGCCUCCCUUACGUCCGAUCUUUGAUGUUUAAGAGGGGUGAGGUAGGGAGAGGAUGUCCUCCUUUCUACCCCAGCAAAGUAAGGUUCUGCUUUGUAUAU